GGAAGUUUCGUUCUCUUACUCGGUCACACUGCCAGUGGAGGCGACACAUCACAAUGGCAUCCUCUUGCAACACGCGGUGUGUUCUAAACGGAAAGUUUCCCCUCCAGCUGCUGAUUGUUUUGACUAUGACAGCGCACUUGGCUGACACAGAAACUGCUGCUCCUGUUGAGCUCAGAGGGGAGCGGGGCAAUAUCUUUGUGAAUGGCUACCAUGCAUCAAGACCACUAACAAACACAUGGGAGAACACCAGAGUGGAUCACGACAUGACCAUGCUCAUGCAAGAUUUAAAUGUCUCUCACAGUGGCAGCUAUCAGUGUCAUAUCCUCUACUAUGGCGGUGGGAUUAAUGAAAACCAUACACUCAUCCAUCUGAGUGUCACAGCAAACUACAGCAAACCCACACUAACGGUGAACUGUGGCGGUGAAAACCAUCGCUUCAGUUGCUGGGCGACGUGUGCCUCACAUGGCGGUUACCCAGGCACCAAGGUGACAUGGACCAUACCGGAAAGUCAGACAUGGAGGGAAGUGAACAACACUGAAAUGCAAGAUCCACACACUAUGCUGGUUAACAGCUCCAGCACCGCAUUCUUCAACUGCUCCAAAGGCAAGCUGACAUCCCUCAGCUGCUCUGUGGGCGGCGUCACCUCUGAGAUGUUACCAGUCUGUACACCCAAAAAAACACCGGAAAUGUUUAGUCCUCAUGUGAUAACAGCAGCCGUCUGUGCAGUGGUGGUGGCCAUUAUCAUUGCACUGGUGCUCUGGUUCAAAUGCAAGAAAGGACAGAGAAGAGCAGCAGCAGCGGUAGUAGCAGCAGCAGAUGUGCAGCGAGGAAAUGAACAUCAGGAGGAAUUAACAGUGCUCAGUGAAACUUAAGAAGAGGGGAAAGAUGCAUCUUGAGUGCUGAAUUGGCGAAGAGGGGUGUCAAAGUUCUAGGAUCUAGAACUAAAAUUGUAUGUCACUCAAGUGUAUGUUACAUUAGUGACUGACUGGCUGCAUAAAGGCAUGAACGGCCAGUGUCCAUAAUGGUCAGUGACUCACUGGGGGCCGCAUGCCAUCAACAUUUCACUGACAUUUGUGACUUUUAAGUGUUUGAGGAAGUAUUCCUUAUAAAGUAUCCUUUUAAAGGUGAUGUACAAUGCGAGAAUGGCUUACUUCUCAAAAAAGAGGACUUUUCCAGUGGUUUGUGGUGAGAUUGUUGUUGUAUACUGGAAAAUAGUGUCGGGGGAGCGAAGGUGGGGGUGAAUGUACUUCCCAGCAUCAGUGAAAUCAAAAGGACAAGAAAUGUAGAAAUGUAUGAAAUAUCUGUUCUAUCUUUACGUGACCUCUACUGGAUGGAGCAGGAUAUGUUACAUGCUACAGGUGUCAAUUUUUGACUGUGACUCAUCUUUUUUAAAUACAGUAAAUUAUUGUUGUUGCACUUUAAAGUUACCCGGAGCCUUUUUCUUAAGGGAAUACCUCACCCCCAAAAUGAUCGCUUGUAUAUCAAUUACUCACUCUGUGAUCAUUCAUUCUAAAACUCAGUGAAUGAAGAAUCCAAAAAGGAGAAAAUGGAAUCUGGGGCAGCCGAUUUCAAUGGAAGGCAUGAGCAGAGUUCAAACGCACGUGCUUGCCAAGGCACGUUACUUCCGUGCGGAACUGUUUAAAUGCAUGUACGGAGUCAACCGGAUGCACAUUCAUUCCUAUGGGAAUCUCCGUGAUAUCCAAUGUGCCUGCGAAACCCCUCCCCUCUGUAAUAUUGCGGCCCACAACUUGCUUGGAGUAUGUUAAAAAAAAACUUCUGAGGUGGAUUUUGGAGGGACUGUAUGACAGUGUGCUAGCUUAGCUAAAAGGCAGUUAACUAGCUAACAGGCUAUUUUCUUCAAUUCAGUUUCCUGUGUUGAUUGUCAAGUGAGUUUGUAUGAUUAAAAAGAACUUGUUUAUCCAGUUUUAACACAUUGUGAAUCUGAGUAAUGUUAUUCUGCUAAAAUAUGGUUAUACAUUUUAUACAUGGGAUCGUCAUUAUCACUCGUUCAGCCGUUAAUACAUUGUUUUGAUUUUUUUUUUAAUUAAAUAUUUCAUAAAAUGUGCUAUGUACGUGGUAGGUCCUUUUUCUGUCCCAGUAAUGUUCCAAGGACAUAUUCCAAAUUAGAUGGCAAAAAACUGACAAAAUUAGCCUCUCCCCUACAGAUACAGGUAGUUUCUAUCAGGUUUCUAUCCAUCCGUAAAGUAAUGCACUUACUUGUGUUGGACACUAGAGGCAUCAUCCGUAUACUAGACAUGGAAUUUCUCAGUUAUGGGAUCAGUAAAGGUGUAUCUUAUCUUAUCUACGGACCCUGGUCACAUACUUAAGUGGAAAUGAGGUGUAAAUCGGAAUGUUUAUAAUGAAAAUGCAUGUGUUGGGGAAGUACUGUGCAUACGACUGGAUUAACGAGACUCAGAUUAUACUACAUGAGUUGUGUGAGAAUUUGUAAACAGAUGUUUUGAUAUAGUUUUAAAGCCAGCUCCUGUUUAAUUCAAAUCACCAAGAGUAUUAUCCAUUUUUGGAUUCUUCGUUCACCAUGUAACGUAAAUGUAACGUUACACAAAGUGAGUGACUGAUAUUUGAAUGGUCAUUAUGGUGGUGAAGUAGUUCUUCAAAUAUAGCCCUUUAGUGUUCGGAUUUGUGUUUUUUUUUAAUUUAAUAUACGCAAUAGAACAGUCAACAUUAGUCAUGUCACAUUAGAAUCUGAUUAUUUUUGUUUUGAGGGUGAUCAGAAAGGAGUGUUGUCUAUCAGAAAUCAGUAAAAAAAAAAAAAAAAAAAGCUGUGAAAAAUAUGUGUCAAUGCAGAAAAGAUAGUCAGAACACAUGAAUUUGUUCUCUACAGUUUAUUAUGCAAGUUUUCUGCAAUUGAUUCCAGUAUUCCAGGAUUCCCCUGUAAGGUGCAAUAUUAAAUACAAAGGGAAGGGGGGGUUCUUUAUUAGUUAAAUUGUUGUUACCCUCAUGAUUAAUAUUGUAGCCCUUAAACAACUCUGACAUUUUUUUCCUCAGGUGACUGUUUUCAUGUAAAAUGUUGCUAUUUAUUAUUUUAUAUUAUUUGCUGUGUUUACACUGUUUGGGGUAAUUUUGGCUGUUAAUCCUCCUUCCUCAGAAUUACCAAACCUUCUCAAAGGGCUGCUUUCAUUUCCUAAAUCUGUUAGGAACACUCCUUAUGAAUAGCUAUUUUGAAUUUGUCUUGUUUGUGUGGCAUUUACAUGACCUCUCAAUCCUGCUCUGUCACUCGUUUUCAUUCUUUGAUACUAAAAUGUUCAACCAAUUAAA